AUGCCUCGAGCUUCAAAGCCCAAAUCGCCUCGGCGGGGCAAUCGCAAGACUAUCCCGGACUUACCGUGCCAGUUUCCUGGCUGCGGGCGGACAUUCAAGACCGCGUCAGGCCUUACUCGCCACGUUCGUGCUUAUCACGACAAUCCGACCGAAAUCGCUGGGCCAUCGACAAUGCCCUUCGACAAUCCUUCCCCUAGCAAUGGAUCGAGCUCACAACCAUCUCCCUUGCGCGACAGCCCAAUGCCUGCUUGGGAGCCACAUUCUUCGACCCCACCUGCUAGCGUUGCAGAGGGAAAUGGGCCUGAGAACCACUGGCGCCGUAUCUAUCACCCAUUUCUUACUGGCCGUCCGUGCGAUGAGAAUGGUGUAUAUCUUCCCGCAGGGGAACCACCACAGCCACGACACGAUCUUGCGCUGGACGAAUGGGACCCGUACGAAGACCUAGUCCAGUUCCGCCUUGCGGACUUCGCUUUCCGCAAGGCUCAGAUCUCAGGCUCCAACAUCGACGAGCUGCUGGAGAUUUGGGCGUUGGAUAAGCUCAAGUCCGACGAACCUGCUCCAUUCGCGAAUGCCGACCAUCUCUAUGAAACGAUUGACGCAACAACGUUGGGCGACGCUCCUUGGAAGUGCCUCGUCACCGACCCUGUCUCCACUGCCGCUGAUGCUCCCGAGUGGGCCCGACGCUCUUAUGAAAUAUGGUACCGCGACCCCAAAGUUGUUGUCAAGAAUCUCCUUGAUAACCCGGACUUCAACGGGCUCUUCGACUAUGCUCCCUACAUCGAGAUCAACCCAGAGAAUAAACGGCGCUGGUCAGACUUCAUGUCUGCCAACUUCGCAUGGUCGCAUUCGGACGAAAUUUACAAGGCAGAUAACUCAACUGCGGGGAGCGAUGAUCUGCCCGCUGUUCUUUUGGCGCGGACAAGACGACUGUCUCGGUGUCCACCGGCAAUGUCGAAUACCAUCCAGGGCGAUCGAAAGUACGACAAUGAUCCAGCCUUCCGAACGUUCAAGCGCCAGCUGUACCAUGCAUCUUGGGCAGCCGUUCUCUCAUCGCUUAAGCCCGGAAUGACCAACCCUGUCGUUCGUCGCUGCCCCGAUGGCCACUUUCGCCGUGUCAUUUAUGACUUCGGGCCAUUCAUCGCCGACUACCCGGAGCAAGUUUUGCUAGCUGGUAUCGUCCAAGGCUGGUGUACCAAAUGUACCGCUCCCGCACACGAUCUCGAUGGGUCAAUAUCAACAGCGCGAACAUACGAGAGUACAGAGGAGCUAAUCACAGCCUUUGACGGUGAUGCGAAGACGCUUUGGGAAAACUAUGGUAUCAACACUGAUGUUAUUCCAUUUACGACUGAGUUUCUGCGAGCCGAUAUCCAUGAGAUGCUUUCGCCCGACCUUCUUCACCAAUUGAUCAAAGGCACAUUCAAGGACCAUCUGGUCGAGUGGGUGGGGGAGUAUUUGUCUCUGACUCAUGAGAAGGCCGAGGCAGAAAAAAUCCUUGAUGAGAUUGAUCGACGGAUUGCUGCUGUUCCGGCAUUCGGCGGCCUUCGGCGCUUUAAGCAAGGUCGACGAUUCAAGCAGUGGACUGGCGAUGACUCAAAAGCGCUAAUGAAGGUCUAUCUUCCCGCACUAAAGGGUCUGGUCCCGCCCGAAAUUAUCCAGACGCUUAGUAGCUUUCUGGAUUUCUGCUAUUUGGUCCGUCGACAAGACUUCGAUGAAGACACCCUCGAUUCAAUUGAUGCUGCGGUUUCCACCUUCCAUAAGCGACGCGAGUUCUUCCGCACAGCAGGUGUUCGCCCCGAGGGAUUUUCAUUACCCCGUCAGCACUCUAUCCUGCACUACUGCUGGGAUAUUAAACGAUUUGGUGCGCCGUAUGGCGUCUGUUCUUCAAUUACUGAAUCACGUCACAUAACCGCGGUCAAGAAACCAUGGCGUUGCUCAAGUCGGUUCGAAGCCUUGGGUCAAAUGCUGCUUACGAACCAACGGCUCGACAAGUUGGCUGCUGCCCGUGUCGACUUUGAGGAGCGUGGGAUGCUACGUCCCCAGUUUCCUGCUCUCCCGGAUAAGAUCAAUGUGGAUGACGAUGCAGAUGAAGAGGCCAUUGAUGGGCCACGGGUUGAGGGUGCGGUUGUCCUUGCCCGUACACGAGAGCGUUCCUACCCCUCUGAUCCAGUUGAUCUUGGUGUUCAUAUCAAUGUUCCUCAGCUUUCCGACCUCCUCCGAACCUACCUCAAUCUUGAUGCCAACGCCAACCUAGACGAUAUCGAACACCUCUCCGUCUUUCAUUCCGCAACUGCCAGUUUCUAUUCCCCGAGUGAUCCCUCUGGUAUCCGUGGAAUGAAACGAGAGCGUAUACGGUGUACACCCUCAUGGCGAAAGCAUGGUCCACGUCGUGACUGUGCCUUCAUUGUGGAAGAUGAUGCUCCUGGCUUUUCUGGCAUGAGUGUUGUUCGUAUCCGACUGCUCUUCUCAUUCACCUACAAUGGUGUCUAUCAUCCUUGUGCAUUGGUGCGGUGGUUUAAAAAGGUGGGCACCCGACCCGACCCAGAGACGGGAAUGUGGAUUGUUGAACCGGACAUCCGGUACGGGUCUCACUUCAUUACCAUUGAGCACUUGGACACUAUUCUUUGCGCGGCCCAUCUUAUUCCUGUGUUUGGGGAACGUAAUAUUCCUCAUGACCUCCGCUAUACUGACUCUCUUGAUUCCUUUCUUUCAUUUCAUGUUAAUAAGUAUAUAGAUGCACAUGCUAAUGAGAUUGCAUUUUAA